UCCCACCUGAAAAUUGUCAGAUUUCUUCAAAAUCUUUUCCGUAUUUUUUUGUUAAAACCGUGACCUCCGAUAGCCGUGGUUUUUAUCUGGGGUGUGUGUGCUACAAUGGCUGUGGACGUGUUGAUGGACAAGUUUUGCCAGAGUGUGGCGACGACGCUAGCUAUGGCCGAAACUAUGAGAAACAACAUGCGGUCGUCCCGUAAACGAAAGCGACUGUCUGACGAUGCCUCGCUGCUGCGACUGGACGGAUCGGAGUUUCUCCGCGGUCUGCAGGAAGCCCGUCACGACUUCUGCGACGUGUCGUUGCGGGGAGCCGCGGAUCCGACGCAGACGGACGUUCCGUGGAUUGCCUGUCAUCGCCACGUGCUGAUGGCACGCAGUCCCUGGUUCCGUCGCAUGCUGCGCUCCCAGAUGAAGGAAUCCCAGCAGGACACCAUCCAGCUGCACAACAUUCCCCAUGACAUUUUAGAGCAACUGAUCAACUACAUGUAUUCGUGUGAGAUCACCGUGGACGCCAGCAACGCACUGGGCCUGCUGCAGGCGGCCGAUUUCCUGGAGCUGGGACAAAUUGUGGAGGUGUGCAAGGCCUUCCUGCGGGAGAACAUCGACCUGGCCAACUGCCUGACCAUCUACUGCGGGGCGCAGCAGCUGCCCUUCGCGGACUUGACCGCGCCCUGUCGAGCCUUUGCGCUGGAGCACUUUGCCAGUCUCUGCUACGCGGCGGAAUUUCUCGACCUGGAUGCUAAUGAGAUUUGUCAGCUGAUCGCCUCCGAUGAGCUGAACGUGGAGAAGGAAGAGCAAGUGGUCGACGCUGUCCUGCGUUGGCUGGAACAUUCGUCGGACACGCGAAUGCCCCAUGUGACGGAGAUGGCGCGCCACAUUCGGGUGCCUUUGCUGGCCGCCGGCUAUUUGGCUUCCCUUCCCGAUUCUCCUGUUGGUCAACAAUUGCGGGCGGCCGUCUUAUCGACAGGCGAAAGCACACGCGCGCUCCGCAGCUCUUACCUGUCGGAGAUGGUGUGUCUGUGGGGCUACAACACGUACAGUAAGGGCAAACAGUCCGGCUUCGCCGCCACCCUCUACCGUAUUGAUCCGCCGACAUCCAGCCGCUGGAGCGUGGGGUGCGCCACGCCGCCUAAGAGCUGGAGCGGUCCGGCGGUGUACGCCGUGCAGGAGGGUCGUUUGCGGGUUUACGUCUUGGCGGACGUGGAAGAAGCCGGCGACCCGUGUCAGCUGCACGUGUACGACGCUGGCACAAACGAGUGGACGGAACUGGGGACGUUUCCCGUCCCGGAGGCCAUCCUGACUUCUGUCGACGACCGGCUGUACUUGUUGGGCGGCGGCCGGGUACACGCCUACGACGCCGAGCAGCGCCAGUUAACCGCGCGGGCGAGAAUCCCUGUUAAGCGGUUGAACAGCGCGAUCGUGGCGUGUGGAGGCCGGCUGUACAUGUUCGGUGGGAAGAUGUUGUCGUCCCGUACCGAUACGUACCAAGCGACCGCAUCUGCGUACUGCUACGAUCCAGCCAGCGAUGCGUGGAAGAAGCUGGCGCCAAUGCCGACCGCGCGCUCGCAUUGCCGGGCUUGCGUCGGCCACGAUGGUCGCAUCUACGUUACAGGUGGUUAUAUCGGUGGUGAUUUCAACCAGACGAUCGACUGUGUGGAGGCGUACGACGUCCAGACGAAUCAGUGGCAGUCGAAGAGAGCCAUGAUUGUGGCGCGAGCGCAACAUGGGCUGGUGCGACUGCAGGAGCAGUUGUACGCGGUGGGCGGCUUUACCACGCACGCCCUCGGACGCCUGCCGACGGAGUGCUAUGACUCGGCGACCGACACCUGGUCGGAGUGCGCGCUGCAGUUGCCGUUCGAGCAGUGCUACAUGGACUGCGCCGCCGUGCAGCGCCACAUCGCCAAGAAGUGCAUGCAGCGCACUGACAACGCCGAGGUGCGUGACUAGGGGCGGAUGGCUGAAAUUGAUUCGACCACGUUCCUUCGCGCACUAAUUCUCCUGCUUCCGGGGAAGCUGGUCUCUGCUAACGGAUUUUGGUGUUGUCUAAUGUAACGAAUUCGAAUGACUACACUGUGCUCACCGGGUACGCAGAAAACGGCUAUCCGGCGGCUAUAACUCAGUUUAACGGUGUCAGGUUGCUGCAGUUGCUCAUUUUAACGAUGAUUUUAACAACGAUUCCUAUUCUACUGCACGCGGUAUUUUUUGUUGUAGCUCAAGCCUCAAGCUACAGUUACUGCUUGAAACUAUUAUUCGUUUAGGCUUUUCGCAAUGUUAAAAAUUUUCAACAUAAUUGUAGGUGUCAGUUGUGCUUUUUUUUCGUGCAAUCUGACCAAUUGGCCAUCUUCAUUGAAAAUCAACAUUUC